GAGUAUCAAUACUAUUAAAUUAUAAGAAUUUCAACAAAAAUCAGAUCAUAUUCUUGAUAUAUUUCCCUUAAUGCUUCUAAAGCAUUUUACUUUAGAUUUGAUUAUAUGAAGUUUAUGAGAGUGAGGAGGCUGUGUACUUCAUGUGACGUUGCAACCCACAUUCGAAAGUGCGGAAGGCUGCGUGACUUUGAAGGAGGCAAGCACAUCCACGACAAUCUCAUAGCUUCUUCAAGGCCAAUUGAUAGCUAUCUCUCAAAUCUUCUGAUAGAAAUGUAUAGUAGAUGUGGCAGUGUUACACAGGCAUGGCUAGUCUUCAAACAAAUCCAUGACAAGAGCGUCUACUCCUGGACUGUUAUCAUCGCAGCAUUUGCCCACAAUGGGCAUUUGCUUGAGGCAUUUGUUCUCUUCUACAAAAUGGACUUGGAGGGCGUUUUGCCGAACAAAGUCACCUUCGUCACAGUCCUGCGAGCAUGCACCACCCUCGCACAGUGCGAGAAAAUCUUCGCCCGGGUGAAACAUCUCGGCUUGGAGCUAGACACCACCCUUGGAACCGCCUUUGUGAGCACAUUCGCAAAGCUCGGGGACUUGGCCGCGGCUAGAGACGUUUUCGAGAAUCUCGGCAGCUCCAGGAAUGUGGUGUCGUGGACCGUGAUGAUCUGGGCUUACGCGCAGCAGGGUUUCAUUCGAGCGGCCUUCGAUCUCUACAAGAGAAUGGACUGCGAGCCAAACGCUGUAACUUUCAUGGCCGUGAUGGAUUCCUGUUUGCGUCCAGAGGACUUACCGCGAGCGGAGCAAAUCCACGCACACAUGGUUGCCUCCGGUUUUGAAUCCGAUGUUGUCUUGCAAGUUUGUCUCGUCACCAUGUAUGGGAAGUGUGGGAGCGUCGACAGCGCUUGGAGCAUCUUCGAAAACUUGAAGGAGAGAAGCGUGGUUGCAUGGAACUCCAUGCUAUCUGCGUUCGCCAGCAACGGGUGUUACGAGAGGAGCUUGAAACUCUACGAAAGAAUGCUGCUAGAGGGGACAAAACCCGACAAGAUCACUUACUUGGCUGUGCUUGAUGCCUGCCAGAGCGUUUCCGAGGCCCGGAGGUACGCCGCUACCUUCGAGCUGGAGCUAGAUAUUGCUGCAAGAAAUGCCGCGGUCAGUGCGUACGCGAGGUGUGGAAGCUUGAAAGAAGCCAAGGCUGCGUUUGAUGCAAUCCAAUGGAAGAACAACGCUGUGACAUGGAACGCCAUGAUCUCCGGCCUUGCACAGCACGGAGAGAGCAAGCAAGCUCUCGAGUGCUUUUGGAAAAUGGAACUGGAAGGAGUGAGAGCAAACUCGGUCACUUACCUCGCAAGUCUAGAGGCAUGCUCGAGCUUGAAAGAUUUGACGAGAGGGAGACAACUCCACGCCAGGAUCCUCCUGGAAAACAUACACGAGGCAAACCUCAGCAAUGCCGUGAUCAACAUGUAUGGCAAGUGUGGAAGUCUAGACGAAGCAAUGGACGAGUUUGUGAAAAUGCCCGAGAGAGAUGUGAUCUCCUGGAACACAAUGAUAGCAACAUACGCUCAACACGGCAGUGGAAGACAAGCACUAGAGUUUUUCAAGCAAAUGGACCUGGAAGGAUGGACUCCGGACAGAGCAACGUACCUAGGAGCGAUCGACGCGUGCGGCAGCGUUCCAUCUCUAGCUCUCGGAAAAACCAUCCACUCCAUCGUCGCCACUGCUGCUCCAUGCCUGGAACAAGAUCCGGGAGUCGCCACAGCGCUCGUCACCAUGUACGCUCGGUGUGGAAGCCUGCACGACGCAAAGUCAGUGUUCUGGAGAUCUCACUCGCGGAACCUCGUUACCUGGUCGAACUUGAUCGCUGCGUGUGCUCAGCACGGCCGAGAGAACGAGGCCCUGGAUCUCUUCCGCGAGAUGCAGCUCCAGGGAACCAAGCCCGACGCUCUAACUUUCAGCACGCUCGUCGCGGCUUGCAGCCGGCGAGGAGUCGUGAAAGAUGGCGUCUUCUACUUUGUGUCCAUGGUGGAGGACUACAACAUCCCGGCGAGCGAGGACCACUUUGGAGGGAUGGUCGAUUUGCUGGGACGAGCAGGCUGGCUGGAAGAGGCCGAGCAAGUGAUGCGAAAAAAUCCUUGCGCUUUGGCUCACGCUGUUUUGCUGGGAGCUUGUCACGUCCACGGCGAUGUCGAGCGAGGGAUUCGCGUCGCACAGAGCGCUCUCGAGUUGGAUUGGAAGAACUCGGCAUCGUAUGUCACCAUGUCUCACAUGUACGCUGGCGCUGGAUCACGGCAAGAGUUUCACGAGUUAGAGACCAGCUUAUCAGAAGAACUUGGACCACUAGCGGCUACGUUUCCUUGCCUUCGCUUACGCGAUGUCGGUGUCGUCGAAAUCAUCCUCGAAGCUGUUGAAGAAGUCGAGAUCGCAGGGCUUGUUGUCGACGAUGGCGUCGCCCAGCAUCUCGAUGCCGUCGCCGUCGAUGUCCAUGUCCAUCGCGACGCUGCCGCCCACGCCCUGAUCCUCGACAUCGCCCGCCACAUACACUGGGAAUGGCUUCAUCGGCUAUUGUCAAUGGCUUUCUUUUGGCCCCUGGGAGUACGCUCGUGUUUCUCGAGCAAGAGUUCUGGCAAGCCUCGAAUGGCGGUGAUUUUCCUGGAGAGAAAACCAAGUGAGAAACACCACGAUCGAGAAGAUCUCUUACUUGGUCGCGUAGACUUCUCGCGCCUCGGCCUUCCACACCUUCAAUCGCGCGGCGUUCUCUCUCCACCGCUUCACUCGCAAAACUUCGCGGCGAGCAGUGCGAGCCCGGUAGAACUCGAUAAACUUCUUUCGAUCGGCCUGGAACGGCUUGAGGGCGCCCACGCACGCCCUGGCCAUCGGUGCCCAAGAACCCUAAACCCUAAGAAACAAAUGCGCCUCUCCUCGCGAUGGCGCCUCUUGUUUCGCAGCGGCGCGAGGCGAUUGAGCACGCAGGCGAGGGCGCCGAUCGUUUUCAAGGUGAGCGAACCCGUGCCCGUGAUCUAUCCAUCGCUCAGGAACCGCUGGAAGCCGCUGGAAGUGGUGGCUCCAUUCGAGCUUCCCGAAGAGGCGCAAUUCUCUGGCGAUGGAAGCGAUGAAGAAGAUGAAGAUGAGGAAGAAGAGGAGGAGCAGCAUAGAUCUAGGCGAGGGAGACAGGCAAAGGAUCAAAGGCAAAUGCAGGGAAGGGUAAAGCAUCACAAAAGAGAAGAAGAGUUUCACGAAGAGGAGGAAGAAGGCGAUACGCAAGAGGAAGAAGAAGAUCAAGGGAUCGUAGAAAUAGAAGAAGAUCACGACGAAGAAGAACGUAGCGACGAAGACGACGAUGAUCUCGUCAUGAAUUCCGAGGAGGAAGCCGACUACCAAGAGCUCGCUCGAAUGGUUGACGAGGAGGAUCGAGAAGAGGCCGGGGCCGCGCAGGCAGCCAAAGCUAGAGCUCGCGAUCGUCACCGCAGUCGAGAGGAACCACAGGAUCAAGCUCUCGUUCUCCAAAAACCUCCCACGAGAUCACCGGUGGUGGAAGAUCAAGAACAGGAGCAGAAGAGAGAGCAAAGUUCCAGCAGGGAAUCGAGUGACCACCAUAGCGGUUCCAAGAGACUCGAGCAGAUCAUCCGGGAGCUCGAGCAACAGGACGUGAAGUUCGACUCGGCGGCGUAUGGAUCGCUCCUCCAGUGGUGCGGAAACUCCAAAUCCCUCGAUCUGGGAUCCCGCGUCUUGGAUCACAUGAUCAAGACGAAGCAAACGCUGGACAGAUACCUCCUCAACAUGCUCGUCGAGAUGUACGGCAAAUGCGGCGCCGUCGGACAGGCCCGACAGACAUUCGACCGGAUAUCGCGGAAGAAUGUCUUCUCGUGGACAAUCAUGAUCACGGCCUAUGCCCAGAACGGGCACAGCGCCGAGGCGAUCAAGCUCCUGGCGGCCAUGGAUCUCGACGGCGAGCCUCCAAACGUGGUGACGUUCGUCAACGCGCUCGCCGCUUGCUCGAGCUCGCGAUCGCUCCACGCCGGCCGGAUCAUCCACGAGAGCUUGGCGGCGAGAAAUCUCGACUCCAAUCUCAUCGCCCAGACCGCGCUGCUCGACAUGUAUAGCAAGUGCUCGAGCUUGCAAGAGGCGAUCCGGGUGUUCUCCGCGAUCAAGAACAAGGACACGGUGUCGUACAACGCCAUGAUCUCCGCGCUCUCUCGCCAGGGGUACGGCAAGGAAUCGCUGGAAUUGUUCCAGAGAAUGGAGCUCGAGGGGUUCCGGCCGGACGAGGUGACGUACGGCAGCGUCCUCAACGCUUGCGAGCGGCUUGGCGCGCUAUCGUACGGAGGCUCCGUACACCGCCGGAUUCGUGGGACCGCGCUGGAGUCGGACGUGGUGGUGGCCACCGCGCUGGUCGGGCUGUACGGCCGGUGUGGCCAGCUGGAUUCUGCGCGGGGAAUGUUCGAGGCGAUGGGGCAGAAGGGGGUGGUGGCGUGGACGCUCAUGAUCUCUUCCCUGGCCCAGAAUGGGCGAGGCGAUGAGGCGCUGGAUCUCUUCCGGAGGAUGGAAUGCGCCGGGGUGGCCCCCGACGAGGUGACGCUGGCGAGCGCCUUGCUGGCGUGUGGUGGCCGCCGCGUGGAGGAGGGGCGGCGGAUAUUCGACGCCCUGGGGAGGGUAUAUCCGGUGUCCGCCUCGGCGGAACACUACGGUUGCAUGGUGGAGGUUCUAGGGCGGGCGGGGAAGCUCGAGGAGGCCGAGGGUUUGAUCCAGGGAAUGCCGCGCAAGGCCAGCGGCGCGAUCUGGAUGGCGCUGCUGGCGGCUUGCAAUCGGCGCGGCGAUCUGGAGCGGGGGAUUCGUGCUGCGAAUCGAGCACAGCAGCUCGAUCCCGGGAGCUUUGCGGCGUCCAUGGCGAUGCUCGCGGAGCUGUAUGGAGCGGCGGGGCGGUGGGAGGAUGCUGCCAGGGUCAGGAAGGCUGUGGAAUCGAGGAAUGCGAGGAGGGAGCCCGGCGGGCGGAGCUGGAUCGAGGUGAACAACAGGGUGCACGAGUUUGGGGAGGAUGAUGAUCGUCUGCAAGGCCCUCGGCUGGACAAGAUCCGGGGCGAGCUCCAGCGAUUGAGCUCGCUAGCCGUCGAGGAAGGGGGGAUUUGCAAGGACGAGAAUGCCAGGGCUCACAUUCUUGGCUGCUGCCACAGCGAGAAGGUGGCGAUUGGGUUUGGGAUUGUGUCCACGCCUGCUGGGCAAUUGAUAAGGAUCGUCAAGAAUCUAAGGGCUUGCCAUGAUUGCCAUGCGUUUGCCAAGUUUGUGUCUAGAAGGAUACAGAGGGAAAUAAGUGUGCGGGAUCCGUAUGGCUUGCAUUGCUUCCACACUAAUGGCUCUUGCUCUUGUGAAAUUUGAUAGAAGAAGAAACGAGCAGUCUUGUGAUCUCGUUUUGAUGGAAAACUCACAAUGCCUGGGCCAAAAACCUAAUAACAAGCCCUACUAUGCUAAAAAGGUGGACAUUAAUGGAAUUACCACACAUUACUCAUGUAUUUGGGCAAUGUGUGAGACAGGCACACCGAAUUAUGUGAUUGGAGAUGACAGAGUUAUCUCCCGAGCUCCUGGGCCAAGCUCUGCUGAUUUGCUUGCUCCAAAUGAAGUAGCAACACUACACGCUAGAGAAACAAGAUAGGAAUUGUGAAAAGUUUGUCCUGUGAAUUUUUUAAUUUGGAGUUC